AUGGCUGACGAGGAGGAGCUGCCGGAGGACGACUCCAUCGGCAUCGCGCUGGGCCCUGCUCCUUCGGCGUCACGACCUGAAGAGGAAGGCGCUGCUUCCUACUGCUACCUGAUCUUGUUCAACCUCAACAAGCGCAACAAUCUAGGAGCCUGCCUUCGCUCUGCCGCGGCCUUCGGCGUGCGCUUAGUGAUGCUGGUCGGGCGACAAGGCUUCAAGGCCUUCUGCAAGAAGAGCGGCCAGGGCGCCGUGCCGAUCGAGCAUGCCGCAACCAUCUCACAAGCUGUCGAAGCACUGAAGGCGCGACACCCUUCAGGCCGCUUGUCCGUGUGCGGAGUGGAGAUCCUGGAACAGGCACAGUCUCUUCACGAAUGCCCUUUCCGGGGCCCGACGGCUUUCAUGUUGGGCAAUGAGCGUGGAGGUCUCACCCGCGACCAAAUCGCUCACUGCGACAGCUUCGUCUACAUCCCGCAGUUUGGGGGCGGCGUUGGGAGCCUGAACGUUGCUUGUGCUUGCAGCGUGGUGCUGUACCAAUUCAGCUCUUGGGCCAGUCGCGGUGCGGGCCUGGGCUUCCCGGAGGAUGCUCGUCCUUCCAUGGCGGCCCCACACGGUGCCGGCAGCUUCGUGCUGCGUGGUUCACGACCAAUGCCGCCAGCUCUUGAAGGUCCUGCCAGCUUCGGCAGCUGCCAAGCUGACGAAGCCACGACGCCGACUUCCAAACGAAGUAAGGGCGAGCAAGCAGAAGCAAAAUGUGACUGGCUUCAGCUUCGAGUGUGGGGUACUGCUGGUGCUGUAAUCAGGCUGGCUGUAGCACGACAUGGUGUCGAGGUCUUGUCAAUUCGGGGUUCCCAGGCAAGGCGCCGGACUCGUUACAAAGCUGCCAUCCUGGCAUGCAAAUAUGAGCUGUCCUUUUGUGGGGGCGUAUUGACAGGAGUGGAAACUCUCUUCAGGUGUUUGACCUAG